AUGCCAAAGAAAUAUUUAGUAUGUUUUAUUACAUUGCAAUUAUUAUUUGUGAUACAUUCGAUAAAUUCACAGUCGACAUCAUUCAUUCCAACAAAACGAUAUGAGCAUUCUGCGACGUUUAUCGGUAAUAAACUAUAUAUCUUGGGUGGUUUAAGUCUAUCACCAAAAGUAUCAGCAAAAACGAUUGGAAAAGAAUUUUUUUAUCUCGAUUUUUCGGCUUCAUUUGAUAAUCAAAAAUUAACAUGGAACGAUUUAACAAAUAUUAAUACAGUUCCAUCACAUUUUGAUGGCAUAACGGCUAAUGGUGGUAUAAAAAAUAAUACUUUGUUUUUGUUCGGAGGAACGUCAAAUGGUGAUAAUAUGGAUUUGGUAUACACAUUUGAUACCCAAAUGAAUUCAUGGAAUGUUCCAGUAAUUACGGGAAAUGCUAAUAGAAAAACAAAUUUAUUUGCUAGUGUCGAUGCUUUGGGAAAAAUAUAUUAUUUUAAUGGAUUCACUUUUUCUAGUAACAGCAAUGAACUUGAUUUUGUAAUUUUAGAUACGAUAAAUUUUAGUUGGGGAAGAGGAAAUAUCACCAAUGCGCCUUCCGCUAAUCAGGAUUAUGGUUCUACCAUUUUACCAAAUCAAAAUAUCAUUUAUUUAGGUGGAAUUUUUAAUGGACUGGAUGGUCAACGAAUAAUAAUUUUUGGUGGUAUUGAUGUUAAAGAAAAUACCGAGUCACUUUAUGAAUUGGAUUUAACCAACUUUGUAUGGUCCAUUCCAACUGUUACUGGCAAAAAACCUUCUAAUCGACAUGGCCAUAGAGCAAACUUAAUUGAAAAAUACAUGCUUGCCGGAUUAGGUGUGCUACUUUCGUUUUGA